CUACACCUGCUUCAGCUUCAGCUUCGACCUGCUCCCUCUGGCAUGUCAGUCAAGUGUGCCGGCCGCCAAGAUACUCCCAUCUUUUGAUUACACCGAACAUGCACUGGUUGACGCUAGCGACGGUAUUGAUACAUGUCAAGCCAGGUCAUGGCCAGAUUGGUCUUCCUGAUACGUUUGCAGCAGGUCUACAAGUCUUGCAAUCACAAGUGGCGGGUCUGAAUCUUGGCUUCUUUGGACAGAGUACUAGCGCUGUGCUCAAUCAGCGUAUCGCUGCUGCGACCAAGGCCGUGGGCAAUAUUGGCGUCAUCAGUAUACCACCCAUUGAGCUCAUCUUGUCAUCAACAACGGGUCCGAACUUGGCUUCAAUAACUCUAGCUCAGGUAUUGCCGCUAUCAGCGAGCGAUCCACUGCCAUCUGCAACGUCACAAAGCUCAAGAACAACAUUGACCAUUCGUGCAACAGCGACUGAAAGUAGCAGAACGGCGCAGGCGACUUCAUUGAUGUCAGAUACCAUCUCGCCUGUUGCAGCGCUACCCGCAGCCACAUCAAGUUCUACACCGCCCGUGUCGAGCUCGGCUUCGCCACCACGGAACACAACAGCCGAUGGAGGCGAUGCGGCUGGUCUUGCAGCACAAUCUACUUCAACAAAGUCAGCAGCCAAGCCACCGCCCACUUUAAUCAUUGUUGGCUCUGUUGGAGCAUUCUUGGCGCUUGCAAGUAUCGUUGGUGUGUUCUUCUUCAUCAAACGCCGCAGACAAGCUCGCUUCGAUGAAAAGAUGUUUUGUCGCGGCGACAGUAUCGAGAAGACGCUCUCUGUCGCCGACAAGACUUAUGGUGGGUUGUCGCGCAAAGUGUCCAAGAGCGGUAAGGUACUCAAAAUUCAACGUCUAUGGCAGCGUCAGCCGACCGAGCAGCGCGCUACAGUCGAGUCCUCGUUCAAUUUGCUCAGUUGGCGUCAUGUUGCGGGCACAAGAGCCUCGCUGGACGCUGAUCAGGCUUACAUGAGUAAAGCACCUGAGUUGCCUGAAGUUGUGCGAGCCACGCAGUCAGAAGCAGAGGAAGACAGAGAUGAAGUUGCAGACAUCCUGCACAAAUACACAGACCCGACUCAAUCUCGCGGCUUCUCUAGCUUGUAUUCGACUGAUGGCGAGUUGCCAAUCGUCCUUGGUAGUCCUGUUAGAGCGACGUCCCCUUGGUUCAAAUGGCAAGUUCCUGCACCGAAGGAAGAUGACAGCGUUUUGUAUGGGCAACAACGCACAGGGGUGGGCAAUGUCGUCUUGGGCAACGAUGUCUUGGGCGGCCGAAUCAAGAGCGUCAGGCCGGUGCCUGAGCAGUCAAAGUUUAGCUUCAGCGACUACAGCAACGAUUACAGGCAGACGCGAACGAGCAUGUAUCCGCGUGAUGCGAGCAAUAACAUGGCGCCCAGACAAAGCAAACACAAGCCACGCACUACGAUGACCAACUUUUCUGUCAGAUCUGGUGGAUUUGGGCAGCAGCAGCAGCAGCCGUUCGCAGGAGACUCAACGGUCCAUGCUACAGCACAAGGGCAGAGUUUCUUGCAACGCUACCUCAAGAAAGCUUGGGGCCGCAAUUGACAUUCAGCCCGCCUGAAACACAUGUAAAUGCUCCCUAGCUUGUGUCUCUAGUUCUCCUUAAUUGUACUUUUCUCAUACAUGGUGUAAUCCCUCGACAGCCUAAAAUCAGCUGAAGUGCGAGUCAACAAA